AUGCCUUCACCCUCGGGUUUCCCGUUCGCAUACGUGUGUAACCUUUUGCAGCGGUGCGAAGACAAUGCGAAACAAUGCGGACCAAAGACGAACCAUCAAUUCAUCAAGGAAUGGUUCGCAAGUCACAAGAGGCGAAUCGCCGACAAUGUCGACCUUUCCGCCCUCGUUUCUACACUCCUACCCACAAAACGUCCAGAUCGAGUCUAUUCUAUCCAGAUCAAGAGACUUACAAGCAUAGUAGCACGAGCUCAUCAUCUUGGACGCACUCGCGUCUUGCAGCUAGAAGCCUGGCAGCAGCCAGGCAGCGGAAAGGAUUUUGCAGAGUGCGUACGGGAUGUUCUCAACGAUACGCCCAACACGUGCACGGCCCCGCUGGUAACUGUCGAAGAAGUCGACGAGAUACUCCACCACAUUGCUGCUCGAUCUCGCUUCAGCUCACCAAAAGUACAAUCAUCUGUAGCGUUUUCUGGUAGGACUGACGAGUGUCAUCUCCGGUUACAGCAACUUUACAACCGCCUGGAACCCAAUCAAGCCAAAUGGCUUACUCGCUUGGUCCUCAAAGACUACUCACCUGUGGACCUGAGCCCAAGUCACAUUCUAAAGGGUGUCGAUCCUCUCCUCCCUGUACUCCUCAAAAUAUACGAUGACCUCCCUACCGCCAUCAGUCGCAUGCAGCAACGUGGCGCAAGGGGAGUGACGACUUAUGACGACACUACCGGCACUAUGAUUGCAAACCUGGCAGCCCGCUUCAAGCCAAUCCUUGGCGUCAAAGUAGGCAGACAAGACUGGAUCAAGGCACGCAGCAUCAAGCAUUGUAUGCAAAUGGGCCGUGGACGGAUGAGCAUCGAAAAGAAGAUGGACGGCGAAUACUGUCAAAUCCAUGUCGAUAUCUCCAAAGGCCCCAACUGCAUACAGAUAUUUUCCAAAAGCGGCAAGGACAGCACGAUGGACCGCGUCAACCUGCAUCCUGCAAUCAGAACAUCUUUGAAGAUUGUCUACAGCGAAAAGGAGGGCAAGAUUCUUCCGUUUGAAAAGAUCCGGAAGCACGUCUCGCGAGCCGGGACAUACUUUCACAGAUCUGAUGAUGACUCGCAGGCUCAUCCCUGGGAACGACUGAUGAUUGUCUACUACGACGCGCUGAUGAUAGACGACGAGUCUCUGCUGGGGGUGCGACACUCUGAGAGGUUCAAGCGGCUCAAGCAGCUCGUGUCAUGCAGUCCAGGCGUGGCUAUCAUCGUCGAACGUAAAGUCAUCGACUUUGAUCAAAACGGCCAUGCAGCCUCGGAUCUACGACACAUGUUUGCUCAGUGCAUCACAUCACACCAAGAAGGCUUGGUCCUCAAGGCUGACGAUCCUUAUUUUGACUUUGGAGACGUGCGCAAGUCUUACUACUGCUGCGCCAUCAAACUCAAGAAGGAGUACAUUGGCAAUUUUGGCGAUGUUGGAGAUUUUGCCAUUGUCGGCGCCAGAUAUGACCCCGUCAAGGCCAAGGACUACGACGUGCCUAACCUCAGAUGGACACACUUUUACGUCGGCUGCUUGAACACGGACAAGCUACAGCAGAUGGAACGUCCACGCUUUACUGUUGUCAACGUUGUGGAGCUCAACAACACUCAGAUGGAGUAUUUUGCAAAAUACGUGAGCCCCGACUACGCCUUGGCAGAAGAAGCUCCGGACUCUGCACCGCUUCUUCACUUUGAACGUGGCAUUGACAACGGCAAGCGUCCGUCCAUCAUCUUUCCCGAGCCGCCCGUUUUUGACCUUCGCUGCUUCUCCUUUACUCGAGAGGCCAACCUCGCAAAGCAUUACACCAUGCGGUUCCCAAUGGUCAGCAAGAUUCACUGCGACCGCACCUGGCGCGAUGCUGUCAGUCUUGAUGAACUUCAGGAAAUGGCCAAGAAGGAGUUGAAUUCUUCCCAACCUGACGACAGUCAAGAGCUUCAAGAUUGGAUCGCCAGACUGGAGAAUGCGGAUCCUGGUAGAGUCACGGGAAUCAGCCAAGAGUCAGAGACACGUCAGACAUCUCAGGAAAGCGUCGACUCGGGUUGCUGUGCACCGAUCACUCGACAUGUUCCCACCUGCGACUCUCCCAAGCAGAUGCUUAGACGGGCGGCGACAUGCAAUCUUGAGACUCCAUCCGUCAUGGACCUGACCAUGUCACCAAAGGCUUCACUCAAGCGCAGCAGUACAGUCCCAGAUGCUCGUGCUCCCAAGCGUCGCCUUGAACAGAUAGACUUGAAUACCUGCAGCAAUACGUCUGCAACAUCUGACCGGCCGGUCGAGGACGUGCGCUGUCCUGAGGAUGCCAACGCUCAGGUAAAGGAAAAGGUUGGCGCCAGUGAUCCGGUCAUGUCUUCAUUUCCAGUUGACUCUGUCGGACUAUCAAGUGCACCGGACAAGGACGUACGGACCAACAAAGCUGGGAAAUGUAAAUACCACGGCAAAGAUUGCGCUUUCAAGGGCUGGCUGUUCCUCCUAUCUCCCUGCGUCGCCAACUUCCCCUGGGUGACCGAUGACCUCCUCGGCGGACACGGCGUACACAGCUUUGAGACGGAUGUAGCAGCAUGGAAUCGGUUCCUGGAAGCAGAGGAUGCCACCAUCGCCGCCGCUCGCUCCAGACAAGAACGCCCGAGGACCACCAAAAAGAUGAUCAUUGUCGACGGCCGGCGCAGGGAAGCCACGCAAGACUUUUUGAUGAAGAUUGAGAUGCGGCGCAAGGAGCGGCAUGAAAAGUACGGCAGGGCGAGCAUGGCCGAAGUGUUUGACUGGCGGGUGCUAGAGGUGGUCAUGGACCGGGAGCGCCUGACUGCGAGCGGAAAGGGGGAGAGGAGGGGGUCCAGACUAGGCAAGGAUCGAUGCGAUUACGAGGACAAGGAAAAGAUUUGGAGGAAGCAUUACGUUGGGCUUGUAUGA